CCGGCGCCGAGGAGGAUCGCCCCUGCCGGACAUGGCUGACCGGCAGCAGCAGCAGGACGCCGCGCUUCGGGGGGAGUUGGAGGAGCGCCUGCGAGGCCUGGGCAUCCAAGCGCUGACCGUGGAGCACCCCGAAGUGUUCACAGUUGAAGAAAUGAUGCCCCAUGUACAACAUCUGGAAGGUGCUCACAGCAAAAACCUUUUCCUUAAAGACAAGAAGAAAAAAGGUUUCUGGUUGGUGACCGUUCUGCAUGACCGGCAAAUCGAUUUAAACGGCUUGGCGAAGAAACUGGGCGUUGGAAGUGGGAACCUGCGCUUUGCUGAUGAGGCAGCCAUGUUGGAUAAGCUAAAAGUUGGUCAGGGCUGUGCGACUCCUUUAGCUCUUUUCUGUGACCAGGGUGAUGUGAAGUUUGUAUUGGAUGCUGGCUUUCUGGAGGGAAGUCACAAGAAGUUGUAUUUUCACCCAAUGACUAACUCGGCAACCAUGGGACUACAUCCAGAGGACUUCCUAAAGUUUCUGAAGUCCACAGGACAUGAACCCAUAAUUGUGCAUUUUGAUGAAAGCGACAAGUAGCUUAGUUGUACACCACCAUUUUUGUAUGUUUUGUUCUGUGGCAAUUGUGUUAAAUGCAAUAAAACAGUUGUCCUAUUAAA